AUGGCGGCAAAGGUGGCAUUGAUUAUGAAACGUGAAAUAGAGAAAAUCAAUGAUUUUGCAGUCUUCAAGUAUGGGAAGCUUGAUAUAAUGUUCCACGACGCAGGCAUCAAUCUUCCAAGCAUCAACAGCAGUGGCUCCCCAAGAAUCUUGGCUACUGAUAAUGAAGAUUUCAAGAAGAUUAUAGAUUUGAAUAUGUUUGGAGCUUUCUUGGGUGCCAAACACGCUGACUGGGUCAUGAUUCCGGCAAAGAAAGGGGCGUCAAAUCAUGCUGUGGUAGGGCUGACCAAGAACUUACGUGUGGAGUUGGGGCGGUAUGGGAUUCGGGUUAACUGUAUCUCUCUAUUUGCAACAACAACUCCGGUGGUAAGGAAGUGUUUAGGGAUGUUGGCGAAGAGAAAGGCAGAGAUGAUGGCUUCGUUGCCAGCCAACUUACCCUUUGUUUGGAUCCAGGGGUUAUGA